GCCAGUUAGAAGGCACAGGGAAGGAGGGACCGCCAAACUCCUCCUCAGCGUCUCCUCUCCACCCCUUUUUGGCUCCUGCCCUUGGAGAAAGUGGAGUGUGGCUCUUGGUUAUCAUUAUUUCUUCGGACUGCUUCGUGGUGCACGGAUUCAGCUGCUUCCCAGUGGGGUUUUCCGCAGUUGGCGCGUCUCCCUGUGUGGUUCUGGCCGGCACACCUCUGUCGACGAUGAGGAAAGGUCUACGGGCGACAGCGGCCCGCUGCGGACUGGGACUGGGUUACGUGCUGCAAAUGCUCGUGCUACCUGCCCUGGCCCUGCUCAGUGCCAGCGGUACCGGCUCGGCCGCUCAAGAUGACGACUUUUUUCAUGAACUCCCAGAAACCUUUCCAUCCGAUCCACCUGAACCUCUACCACAUUUUCUUAUUGAGCCUGAAGAAGCUUAUAUUGUGAAGAAUAAACCUGUGAACCUGUAUUGUAAAGCCAGCCCCGCCACCCAGAUCUACUUCAAGUGCAAUAGUGAAUGGGUUCAUCAGAAGGACCACAUAGUAGAUGAGAGAGUAGACGAAACCUCUGGUCUCAUUGUCCGGGAAGUGAGCAUUGAGAUUUCGCGCCAGCAAGUCGAAGAACUCUUUGGGCCCGAAGAUUACUGGUGCCAGUGUGUGGCCUGGAGCUCAGCGGGCACCACAAAGAGCAGGAAGGCCUACGUGCGCAUCGCAUAUCUACGGAAGACAUUUGAGCAGGAACCCCUGGGAAAGGAAGUAUCCUUGGAACAGGAAGUCUUGCUCCAGUGUCGACCACCUGAAGGGAUCCCAGUGGCUGAGGUGGAAUGGUUGAAAAAUGAAGACAUAAUUGAUCCUGUUGAAGAUCGGAAUUUUUAUAUUACCAUUGAUCACAACCUCAUCAUAAAGCAGGCCCGCCUCUCAGAUACUGCCAACUAUACUUGUGUUGCCAAAAACAUCGUUGCCAAGAGGAAAAGCACGACUGCAACUGUCAUAGUCUAUGUCAAUGGUGGCUGGUCCACCUGGACAGAAUGGUCUGUGUGUAAUAGCCGCUGUGGACGAGGGUAUCAGAAACGCACAAGGACCUGCACCAACCCAGCACCACUCAAUGGUGGUGCCUUCUGUGAAGGGCAGAGUGUGCAGAAAAUAGCCUGUACCACCUUAUGCCCAGUGGACGGCAGGUGGACUUCAUGGAGCAAGUGGUCUACCUGUGGGACCGAGUGCACGCACUGGCGCAGGAGGGAGUGCACGGCGCCCGCCCCCAAGAACGGAGGCAAGGACUGUGAUGGCCUCGUCUUGCAAUCCAAGAACUGCACUGAUGGGCUUUGCAUGCAGAGUUUCCUUUAUCCUAUUUCAACUGAACAGAGAACCCAGAAUGAAUAUGGAUUUUCUUCUGCUCCUGACUCAGAUGAUGUUGCUCUGUAUGUCGGCAUUGUGAUAGCCGUGAUAGUUUGCCUGGCCAUUUCUGUAGUGGUGGCCCUAUUUGUGUAUCGCAAGAACCAUCGCGACUUUGAGUCUGAUAUCAUUGACUCCUCGGCACUCAAUGGAGGCUUUCAGCCUGUGAACAUCAAGGCAGCGAGACAAGAUCUCCUGGUGGUACCCCCAGACCUCACAUCGGCUGCAGCCAUGUACAGAGGACCCGUCUAUGCUUUGCAUGAUGUCUCAGACAAAAUCCCAAUGACUAACUCUCCAAUUCUGGAUCCACUGCCCAACCUGAAAAUCAAAGUCUACAACACCUCAGGUGCAGUCACCCCCCAAGAUGACCUCUCUGAGUUUGCAUCAAAGCUGUCUCCUCAGAUGACCCAAUCCUUGUUGGAGAACGAGGCCCUCAAUGUGAAGAAUCAGAGUCUAGCAAGGCAGACUGACCCAUCCUGUACGGCAUUUGGCACCUUCAACUCUCUGGGGGGUCACCUUAUUGUUCCCAAUUCAGGAGUAAGCUUGCUGAUUCCCGCUGGGGCCAUUCCCCAAGGGAGAGUCUACGAAAUGUAUGUGACUGUACACAGGAAAGAAAAUAUGAGGCCAGCCAUGGAAGACAGCCAGACACUCUUGACCCCUGUGGUGAGCUGUGGGCCUCCAGGAGCCCUGCUGACCCGCCCCGUCAUCCUCACUAUGCAUCACUGCGCAGACCCCAACACCGAGGACUGGAAGAUACAACUCAAGAACCAGACAGCACAGGGACAGUGGGAGGAUGUGGUGGUGGUUGGGGAGGAGAACUUCACCACCCCUUGCUACAUUCAGCUGGAUGCAGAGGCUUGCCACCUCCUCACAGAGAACCUCAGCACCUACGCCCUGGUCGGGCAGUCCACCACCAAAGCUGCCGCGAAGCGCCUGAAGCUGGCCAUCUUCGGGCCACUUUGCUGCUCCUCUCUCGAGUACAGUGUUCGAGUCUACUGUCUGGACGACACCCAGGACGCCCUGAAGGAAGUAUUGCAGCUUGAGAGACAGAUGGGAGGACAGCUCCUAGAAGAACCUAAGGCUCUUCAUUUUAAAGGCAGCACCCACAACCUGCGCCUGUCGAUUCACGAUAUCACCCAUUCCCUCUGGAAAAGUAAAUUGCUGGCGAAAUAUCAGGAGAUUCCUUUUUAUCAUAUCUGGAAUGGGUCUCAAAGAAACCUCCACUGCACAUUCACCCUGGAAAGAUUUAGCCUGAACACAGUGGAGCUGGUUUGCAAACUCUGCGUGCGACAGGUGGAAGGAGAAGGGCAGAUCUUCCAGCUCAACUGCACCGUGUCGGAGGAACCCACUGGCAUCGAUCUGCCUCUGCUGGACCCGGCGAGCACCAUCACAACCAUGACGGGCCCCAGUGCUUUCAGCAUCCCUCCCCCUAUCCGGCAGAAGCUCUGUAGCAGCCUGGACGCCCCACAGACCAGAGGGCAUGACUGGAGGAUGCUGGCCCAUAAGCUGAACCUGGACAGGUACUUGAACUACUUUGCCACCAAAUCCAGCCCGACUGGCGUAAUCCUGGAUCUCUGGGAAGCACAGAACUUCCCAGACGGCAACUUGAGCGUGCUGGCGGCUGUCCUGGAAGAAAUGGGAAGGCAUGAAACGGUAGUGUCUUUAGCAGCAGAAGGGCAGUAUUGACCCGCGCCGGGACUGGAAGUGAAGGACGGGAAGGCACUGGGGGUCUGUGGCCGUCCAGGACAUCGCGUGGAGAAGGAAAUCCAGAGUAGCCCAUGACCGAUGAGUUUCACAGGCAAGACUGCAGGCGGGAGAGGGAAGGCAAGCAGAUGCAGCUGCUGACAGAUACGCCCACCGCAUGGACAUCAUCACAGGACCUAAGGACAAUUGUGUAAAUUUGUACCUUGAAUUUAGAGACCGACCUAAUUUUCCUCUUAGUUGGGCUGUAUGCUGUGUGGUACAGGAUCUUACAGUUUCCUAGGAAACGCUUUUUAUUGCUAUCCAGGUAUAUGGAUAAACUUUCUUAACAAACCCAAUUUCUACAAACGUUGUUUACAUCAGAUUGGACAGGGAUGCAGACACUGUCCAUGGCUCGUUCUAUUUUUGUUUAAAUCAUUUGAAGUUGAAGCUGUGGACAGUUUGUUGUGUCUAUUUCAGAUUAGUAAUUUACAGAGAAAUCACAGACUUUUGCCACAAACUGUGUGCAUCAAGUGUCUCAGAUAAUCCUCCCCAUCGGUGUUCUGUUUCUAGAACUUGUAGAACCAGUGUUACUGUUUGUAUCAGGGAAGUGGAGAAUCUAAGUAUAAAAGAGAAAUAACUAAGAUUCCUUAUUCCUUGAGGGUACCCGUCUGGUCACCCUCUGGGAAUAAAGCUGUAGCAUUGCAGGGAAGACGGUGAUUCAUGUUCAGCCACACAAACAAGCAUUUCUUCACCACGUGUGUGUUUGUAAGAUGCAAUUUGAAGUGUUUUUUUUUUUUAUAAAAAAAGGUAUCGUUAUUAUUAUCACUAUUACUAUUAUUGAUGAGUAUUUACAGGUAUUCUAGUAAAAGGAUUUUCUUUUAACUUCUGUUUUUGUUAGCAGUACUGUUAGUAUUUAGGUAUUGACUAGACCUGCUUCACCUUCUGAUGGGAUAAGGUGGGCGUGGUCACCAGUUUAAUUAAACAGGCUUUGCUUCCUUGACCUUUUAUCUUCUUGCAUCCUUCUGCCCCAGAAACAUAGUCAAUGCUUACUGGCUUUGUCAGUCUCUUCUUUCAGCUGGCUCAGGCAAGGUCUUUCUCCUCCAAGUCUUGUUGUGAGAAGCAUUCUCGACUAAGUUCACUCAACAUUGUGGUUCUGUCACCGAAACCCUGACACCGCCCCCCCCCCCCCCCCGCCCGGGUACUCUGUCUACUGGAGAGGCUGUGUGCCUGGAGGAACAGCCUUUGAGCUGGCAACUGGAAACCCGGUUCUCAUUCAGGGUGUGUCAUUGUCUAGCUGUGUUCCCCUGGGAGAGUCAUUUAACCUCACUGGACCUCAGUUCCCUCACAUGUCGAAUGAAGGGGUAGAAGUAGUAGGUCUUCUCAAGGUUCUAAAAUGCUGGACUCCUACUAUGAUGUCUCCAGUCUCCUUCAUCAGUCCAAGGACCACCAUGGACUCUGAGCUGGAGGCUUUAAAGAGUCAGCUAGUCUCUUGCCCAGGCUACAGUAUGCCUUCCAAAUAGUUCCAGCUUGGAAGAGGAGGAUUCUAACUUGUAGCCUAUUUGUCACGCUUUCAAGCCUUGUCUCUGGGCUGCUCGCCAAGAGACAGCAUACCUUUAUUAUCAUUUUCUUUCCUCUCUUGGGGCCACUUGCCUUCCUGACCGAUUGCAAAUUAUGUUCUAUUAUUGUCUUAAUUAGACUUUUUUAAAUUAAAAAAAAAGUUAACUGAGAAGUAGUCCAAAGACGACUUUGUGUAAACUAUGGUAUUCCCUUAGAACUGUCACAGGCUCUUUGUUUUAACCCAGGGACUCAAUUCAUUCAGCAAGUGGGAAAUCCAGGGUCAGCAGCCAGUAGCCAAACGACGACUGAACAACAAGCACCCAUGUGGAUGAAUCAGAGCCUUUGAAACAUGGCUGUGGUUAACUUUUGGGCUGGAGGUAUACAGGUUGCUGACUGGAGUUGAAUGAGAAAUCAUUCUAUAUAUUUUCCUCUUUCUUUAGACAUGUAUUUCCUCUUCUAUUUUGGUGACUUCUUGAUAUUCCCAAGACUCCUCCAUCCUCCUCAUUGAGGAACUAUUGAUACUCUGGUACAGAGCCUCUUCUCUCACCCCUUUUGUUUCUUAUCUUCUGUUUUAGGCAUACAUUCUAUAACCUGUCUCUCUCAGGCCACCCCCCUGCACCAUACAUAAGUCUCUGUUAUGCUAAUGUGAAAGGAAGAGUUUGCAGUAAUAAACAAGUUCAGUGGAUAAUGUUUGUACCAAUGCAUAUUUGACCAAAAGAUAGUAACACUGUAUUCUACAUAAAAAGAUUUUUAAAUAGAUAUUUUUUUAAAAGGAAGAGGAGGAAAGAGAGCUAUUGUCCAUUACUUCCAUUUGAAAUAACUUCUCAAGAUUUCUCGUCGUUCCUGGUUUGGGAGCUGUCAUCUAUGGAAAUCAAGAAUUAGACAUCUGAAGGAUGCUCAAAGGAACUUCCAUGCCUCGUGACAAAGGGAAGAGUGGUUGAUUCCAUCUAAGUGAGGUACUCAUCUGUCAUAGAACCUGUUAUGUUCCCCAUCGAGUGAAUGGCAACUCCCUUACGUACAACACACCACUUAUGUCAAAUAAUUUUCACUACGAAUUCUGAUUUCCUUCUCCUUUGGAGUAAAAUAAUAGCUGUUAGAUUGCUCUCAAACUUAGAAGGUCCAGACUCAACAGCUCAUUUCAUAGAGAGCCACUUCAUCAUUCUAUGUGACAUGUUCUGCCUUUGAUUCCUAGGGCUUCUACAUAGCUUAUGGGGAAGGACAUGCUUACUUCCUUUGGAUGGGGCGGUGG